GAGCUUUUAGCGCGACGUGCUGGAACCAAUCACAGCAUUGUUUUUUCCCUUACGGCGAUAACGCGGAUAUUAAAAUGAAGGAUUAAGAAACAGAACUAAGAACGUGCGUUGGAAUUAUACCAUAGUUAGGCGAGUUAUCUUAUUUUUCUGGUCUUUGUCUUGCGCGUCUUCCCUUUUCUUGGAAAUGUGUCGCCUCCGACUGAGGUUACACGACAUGGGUAACGUCGAGCUAAGUAGCUUUAGCAUGUAACUGCUUCUUCUUGUCGUUUCCCGUAGGCCGCGAGCGAGCUGCAUCCUGUCCAGACGUCAUUGAGGAUGUAAAUUACGUCAAGAGACAAAUAAGUCAAUCGCGAAACCACGACGCUUAUCCGUGGUGUUGAGUCGAGUGUUGGUGGGUACGUUGAAAUUUCACGUAAUUGUGUUCGCGGGCUACCUAGCUUGUUAGCUGCUUUGGCUAGCUCGCCAGCAUGAGUGAAUUGACGGACUGCAAGCAGAGCGCCGACUCCGAAUCGAGGAAAAGGUGUCCUUCACCGGACCGGGAUGACGGAGGCUCUAUUCCUAGCAAGUCCUCGAAAGUGGACGACGCGUGUCGUGACGUGCAGGAUGCCGCGGAGCGAUGCAAAAACGGCGAGAGCACAGAGGUAGCUGGGCAAGAAAAACAUUCGGAGCAUGAAGAGGAAGCAGAAAGUUCGCACUGUGUACAGCACACCCCUACUUCUGCACCUGUCAACAACUCCAUUUCGGCUGAGCAUAAAUCCAAGGAAGCCCAGUCGGCCGAGGCGCACACAUGUGCUGAUUCGAAGGACGAUGCAGAUGCAAGCACAGGACCCGAUCCCUGCAAUCUUUUGGACCAGUCUGAUUCUGACCCGGCGGCAAUAGCAGCCGCCGAAGCUCUCGCAAGCCUCACGGGGGGAGACGCCGAAGACAGCCGAGAGACUCCGUGCUCCUCUAAUAGAGCCAAACAGGGGAGCAAAGCCAAUCGGCGUGGGGACCAGCAAGUUCUCAGAGGUCAUUCUAAAACGCGGGCAGCUGCCGCUGACAGUUCCACGAGCUCACACAAAGCAGACAGAGAAGAUGCGGAUGAUGCCGCAAACGAGGGUGAAGGUGAUGAAUCCUUGUCUAGAUCUUCUUCCACACCGAGCUCCUCUUUCCCGUCCGAGAAUGAGGAGAAUGAGGACGGUGAGUGUGCCAUUGUGUCUGUUAAGAUGGCUCCCGAGAUGAGACAGUCAGUGGCUCUCCUGGCGCAGGUUCAGAUGAGACUGGAAGCUCUCGAGAAGAAAAGCGCCUGGCUCCACCAGCGCCUGGAGCUGAAGAUGGGCCGCAUGCGGCGGCCCCAUCUCGACCAACGCCGCUCCAUCACAAAAAACAUCCCCGGUUUUUGGGUGACCGCUCUGCUGAACCACCCGCACCUCUCGGCUCACAUUGACGAGACAGACGAGGAUGCUCUCAGCUACAUGACUGAUCUGGAGAUUGAAACUUUCAAGAACAACAAAGUGGGUUUCCAGAUCCGCUUCCACUUCAGACGGAACCCUUACUUCCAAAACAACAUCAUCAUGAAGGAGCUGCAACUUGGACUGGGAGUAACUCCAACGUCCUUGUCCAACACCAUCCUGUGGAAUCGCGGUCACAACUUGACGGCCCACAGCGAACCCAGGAAGAUGUCACGUGGCGUCUACCAGACCUUUUUCAGCUGGUUUGGCGACCACAGUAAUCCCGGACAAGACGAUGUCGCGCAGAUCCUGAAGGACGACCUAUACAGGGACCCUUUGAGAUACUACCUCACGCCUCUCUGGCAGCCCAGAGAGAACGGCAGCGUGUUGUCCUCCAGUGAUGGCGACGGCGCCACAGCAGCUGACCACAGCAAUGGCGACGACUGUGUGGUAAUCUCUGACUCGGACGAGGAAGCUGGUGAGCCGGAGCCAGGCCACAGUGGUGGAGAGGAAGAAGAGGAGGAAAAAGAAGGAGGAAGAGAAGAAGAAGAAGAAGAAGAGGAGGAGGAAGGGGCACCGAGUGCAGAUGAGAGCCAGGAAGAAGGUGAAGGUGGAGAAAUUGUGAUUGACGGCUCGGAUGACAGCGACCAGGAAGAUGAGGCGGCCUGAAACGGGAAGUCAGGAAGAGCAGCGGGUAUGCCUGAGCAUCUUCCGGAUGUUAGUUAUGUUAUGCACAAAAUGUCAUAUUUUUGUAAUAUACCAAAAUAUGAUCUCUACUUUUGAAAUCAGGGUUAACUUAAUAAAGCCAAGGCAAGGUGACUUAUGAUUUUCUAUGGUGUAUUCGAAUACAGUACACUGCCCAAAAGGAUCGCUUUUAGACAACGUUGUUCUGCAGCCGACUUUUAGCAAAGUACACAAACGACAAGAAUCUCACAGGCAUGGGAAGCAGCCGUUAUCCUUUGGGCUCUUUUUCCUGUUCUAAUCUAUUCAAUUAUGUUGACCACAUCAUCACCACAUUUCAGGAACACUUCGAACUGAACCAAAAUGUGUUCUCAGGGAUGCCCCUCACCCUUACUCCCACCCCCCACACUUGAUUUCACAAUUCGGCAUUGUGAAGACGAAAAUGUGUACUCUACUGUAGUCAAGAAAAGCAGAUAAUGUUUUCACCAGCGUGGUCCCCCCCCCCCCCUCCACACGGUAUAUAAAAUGCAGCAAACAUGCCACUCAAUCACAGUGUGACAUUGCCAGUUGUACUUUGAUCAGCGUCUGCCGUAGGUGCAAUUUUGUCUUUUUAGUUGGUUCACAGCAGUUUUCACAGCCUGCGUUAAGGGUUUCUCUGUGGAAUUUGACAUUUUUGUACACACCGUGGCAUUCAUGUUAGCAUCAGCGUUCUGAUGGCACAAUUAUGUGUUUUUGCUUAUGGGUACUUUGACAUUUCAACCUGUUAGGUUUAGAUUCUUGGUCCAUGGAAAUUGUUCCCGGUACUCCAUGGUAGUAAUUUGUGGUACAUUUAUGCUCAACCAAAUCAUACUGGGAAGUCCAAGGUUUCACCCGUUCACCCAUUCAUUUUCUGAACUGCUUUCUCCCAUCACUACAAUAUCAUUCAUAAACUGUAUUUGUUUGGCUUGGCAGCAGGCGAGUCCCACUUGCUUCAAACACGGAACUUUUAUUUUUAGUGUGUGUGAAAGCCUGCGGGGUGGGUGACAUCAUUAUGGCGGUGUGCAAGCAUGCGCUGCGUUUGAAUGCGCCAUGGAAAAUUGACAACUCUUCUGCUCCCGCACAGUUACAUCUGAAAGAUGCGCUUUGGAAUCUAAACAUGGCUCAGUUUGAUUUGACGUGAAUCGGUGCUCAGAAGUACCGACCCAAAUCGGUCCAGACCCCAAAAAGUAUCUGCCUUCGGUACCCACCCUUAGUGAUAGCGCUGUCCCGAAGCGAUCCAGUCGGAAUGUAAUUAAUUUUUGUCUCCUGAAUUAAUUAUCUGGUCUCUUAAUCAUCAUGUUUGAUAUGUCUGAAUUUCAAUGUCGUCUACUUUUUAAUCUAUACAGCUGUUGAAACGUAAAUGAUGGGCGACGUGGGGUAUUCCUUCAGCAGUUCAUAUCACGGAACAUCAUCUUUGACUGACACUUGACACAUUCAAACGGCAGUAGAGAUGAAGGCUAAAAUCAUCCUUCAAGCUUUUAGCCCUGUUUUCGCAGUGGCUCUGCCUUGGUCAGAAGACAUGCGAGCGUUUGUUUACUAGUGACACCGUCGGAGAACACUUGAGACUUUGCUACACAGAAGAGCGUGGGCUUUUCCCGGCGAAUUGGCUUUUUUUUUUUUUUUUUUAAAGACUGGAAAGACCACGGACCAUGAUAACGUGCUCAAACUUGGGCAGCCAGUAACUGUCAACUGUGUACAAGUCUGACAAAGAAUCAAACAAAGUAUACACGUUCAAUUUCUGCCGUGACCACUCUUGUAACCCAAAAUAGUAAUUGUCCCAUUUUUAUUUUAAUUUUCUUCAAUGAAUGGGAAGACCAUUAAUUUAUCCCAGUCUCACACCCAAUUUUUUUUUAAUGAAAACAACGUAAUACCAAUUAAAUAGAAUAAACCGUUCGGCCGAUGGAUGGUUAAAGAACUGGUUUUUGCAUCAUGAUUGAUUCAUCGCAGCUCCUUCUAAUGUUCACGACUCGGCCACCAGACGUCAGUAUAACACUGUUGCACAGAAAAACGAAGAAGAGUUUCACUCAACUCCACUGUUUUAGUCAUUUGCAGGAAUACCGUUAUUUGUUUCUUUGUUUUUUGCAGAGGAUAAAAGCUGUCUGCCUUUGAGUAUUGUUGUAGCAUCUGUCUUUUUUGUUUUAUUUUGACCUGGGAGUGAAUUACACAGGUUGAAGCUACUUUUUAAAGAUUUCUUUGCCGUCUGCCAUGGCAGAUCGUUGUCAAGUGAGUUAACUGCCACAAUUUGGCAUUUGUAUCUCCAAUUGUUGUUCAAAGCAACAAAAAAAAAAAACUAAAACAAACCCACAGCCCAACGACGGCUCAUAUCUCGAAAUUUCGAAGUCAGGUCACUGGUUUGUCAAGGCCCCAGUGAAAAAAUAAUCUCGUCUCAAUUUUAAAAUUGGAGGCUGGGAAUGGCGGGUGAAUGAUGUCAAUGUUGCGCAAGACUGAUCUAAGCAGUUACCCAAUCUGCAUUGAAUCAUGAACAUCUCGUUUCUUUGUCACACCUCAUAUGCUCACAAGGCCAUGUGUUCACAAACAUUGCAACAGUUUGUGUUAAACUCGCGUCUUAUUUUCAGGGUGCACUGGAACACGUUUGCUCAUGAAAAUUUUUCUCCCAUAGCGCUGUACCUUCACAUGUGCUUUUCUAGAAAAUUGUAGUCCUUUGUUGCUUUGGUUACUUUCAUUUUGUUAGGGGCGACAUGUCCACCUUUUGCGUCAGACCCAAUAAAGUAGGAAGUUGUUUGA